CUCCAUCUUGAGCAUUAGAUAUAGCAGCCCGUCUUGGGAUGGAAAUGCCAGAAUCACAACGUUCUGGUAACCCUCGGGGCAUCCCACUCGUCUGGCUUCGUGAUAACUUUCUUAAUUUAUCUAGCUUCGCCAAUGAGGAGACGAGAAAAAGACAUCUGUUUGCAUAUUUGUUGUGGCUCCUCGGGAAUCUAUUUCCAAAUUCACAUGGGGACGUUGUUGUCCCUGGUCUCAUCUACAUUGCAGAGAAUAUGGUAGAUGAACCUUUACCCGAGCAGCCAAAAUACAGCUUCGGUUCUGCCAUGCUAUCUCAUACAUACAGAGGCUUGUGUGAUGCCACGCAAAAAACCUCUUUCGCACAAAAAGCUCCAUUACUUUGUGUCGCCUAUGAGUUUCUACAGUUGUGGUCCUGGGAAUACCUCCCUGUAGGACGACCUCGUAUAGUACAACCCAUAUACCCAUAUGACUUUGGCGAGGGUGCUAGCGCAACUAUGGCCACCAGGUGGACAAAGGCACGGAAACGUUGGUCUCCAGAUAUUGCGAAAAAUUGUUACCCUAUGUACCACCAGCAGUUUGAGAUACUUGAUGAGGCAGAAGUCACAUGGAACCCGUGGACUCAGGACCAGCUAAAAUUGGUCUUUGAUGCUCGACACUUCACACCAGGCAUGUUGACCGAUAGUGCAUUCUGGCUGACUCGCAGCAACUUAUUGUUCCUGUGGUGUGUUGAACCUUACAACCCAGAGCGUGUAAUGAGACAGUUCGGUCUCUAUCAAGAAAUUCCACCACCUUUUCCCAGACGUAUCGAUGAGGAAACACAUAAGCUAACCAAUAUGGGCAGGGGUUGGAGUUUAUACGAUUGGAGGGAAGAGAACAGUGAAUGGGUACACAAGUGGACAAAUGAAGCGCUAGCAGAUAUAGUGCGUGAACUUAGGCCGUACGAUGGAAGUACAGAUCAAGCGUACAAGCAGUGGUACUGCAUGAACACACGUGCUAGCCUGACCAGUCAGCCAGCUACUAUACCAACACAUCUCACACAAGAGGAGCAGGCGCGGAGACAUGUUGAGCUGCAUGCAGCUUACUAUCGUGACCACCUGCUUGAAAAUGUCAACGAAGUAGGGCAGAUGGCUACGGAUAGCAUGCCGGCCCAGGGCCCAUAUCGCAAGACAUUCCAGAAACUUUUGCAACAAUUCGUGGCAAAAAAGUUCAGAUGCGGUAGAGGCGACGACGUUGCCACUGGAGCAUACAUGCCGGUAGCGAGGUCAGCCAGACCGAGUGCGGCACCGUCGUCCAGACCGAGCGAGGCGCGUACGAGCCAUGAGCAAUGGGGGGAGGGUCCGAGUACUAGAACGACAUUGCCACGACAUGACUCAUCUCUGCCACUGCAUCGCUCUUCUUCGAUGCAGCUUCGUCAGGGGCAAACAUCUCAGGACCAUGGCACGGGCUUGGAUUCGAUGCCCGAGCAGUUUCUUUCCCCUAACCCAUAUGCGUACACAGGAUAUGAUGCAUACACCCAAGGUGAGGGAUCUCAGCCGUUUCUCUCCACGCGAGGGAUCCCCAUGCCCGAGGAGACUCGUGUACCAGAUUUAAACCAGCACCAAGUACAAUGGCCAGACAGUAUAGGAGAGGGAUAUGCUCAGGACACACCUGAUGUUAAUUGGGGCGAUGAGAACACCCAACGCGGCGUCAACACAGGCCUUCGGGGAGCAUCACAUGAUCAUGGCGUCAACACAGGCCUCUGGGGAGCAUCACAUGAUCUUGGCGACACGGUUACAUCAUUAGUUACAGAGUUCUUCGGAGGGGAUGUUAUUGGCCCAUCUUUUAUCCCCCCGGAGUCACAACCAUACGCCUACAAUUACGCUUCAGGUUCGCAACAAGGAUUCGCGACUCCACCACCUACGCAGGACUCGCAGACACAUGAAGCCGAAGUGGAGUACGGCCGCGGUCUUCGUGUGACCCGGCCACCUAAUCGCUUGUCGCCUUCCGGUCGUAAGGAAAGGCCAGGUGGUCGUCGUUAAGUACGGUGAUUCAUCUAUGCACAUGCGCGACCCAUUGUAUCUAUAUAUGUGUGUAUCAGACUUUUCGAUUUGAACAUCUAUGUUUGCUGAAAUAAAAAUGCACCAGUCAAUGCU